UUUUCAUGCAGCUAGGUAGAUGAAGUCAUUCCUGAUGCUCCAUGGGUGAUCACACCAAAGUUCCUGGACAAGCACCAAAUCAACUAUAUUGCACACGACUCUCUUCCAUAAGGUUAAUCAGCCCGAGUUGCAUCUGAUAUCAAUCCAUGAGACCAUAAGAACUCCGCCCGUGAGUUGAAAUCAGUGUUGAACUCAAGAAGCGGAUUUCCUAUCUACAAAGUUUGUUUCGUUUUCUCAAAUUUAUCUCUUGCUCUCUGAAACAAAAUGGUAAGCUUCAUGAUGUAUGUCAUUAUGUGUUCAUGUUUUUUAAGAUAUUUGUCUAACCUUUCUACUUGUCAGUAUAAAUGUGGACAUCACAUGCAUGGUUCAGUUUCACAAAGAAGAGCAGUGCCUUCCCCUUCCUCGUCCUCAUCCCCGUCCUUUUCCUCUUCCCCUGCCAUUUCAUGUUUCCCUCAACCACUACAUGCUGAUGGACAACAUGGACACAUUGGCCCUUCUUCCGACCCUCAAGAACAUAUUGGUCCUUCAGUUCCACCUUCUUCUUCAGUGCAACACUCGAAUGAUGAGGGAAACACAAGUGAAGAAGAUAGCCGACUCAUGAUAUGCCCAUAUGGAGAUUCAUUCACGGAUGCUACGUAUGUUGUGAGGCAACUUAAAAAAAUAGUCAAUAACUCUUGGAGGGGGCAGUAUAUUAGUUAUAACAGCGCUCCAAAAGAAGUAAAGGGUUUGUGGUGGAAUGAGUUCAAGGCAAAUGAAUUGGGGAUGGAACCGACAUAUACAGCUACAUUUGAACGCAUAUUUCAAAAAAAAGAUAAGACAUGAACUGGCGAUCGAGCAAAAGCUAAUAAGGUACGUAAGUUUAUGGAAACUAGAAUGAAAAUCAUGAAUGCUUUUAAUAUUUAUUGUAGUUAUAUAUAUGAAGUUGUUUUAUUUUUAUAUAUAUUGUUAAUGCAGGAAAAAUAUGAUGAACUUUUAAUGAGUAGUGGUAGUGGUAGUGGUAGUGGUAGUGGUAGUGGUGGUGAUGGUGUUGCUGCGUCUGAGCCAUCAGUUGACAGUAUGGCAUUAUGGGUGGAGGCAUCGGGUGGGAUGAAAUAAGGAAAAAUAUUUGGGAUGGGAUCCUUGUCAAGGGUAUACACAACGCAAGCUGCUACAACUUCAUCCUCCAAUGCGGCUGUUUCGAGGAGGACACGACUUGAGGAGCAAAUAACCCAAAAAUUGAGCCAACUGAAACAUUUACUUGUAGAGAAGGUCGAAGAAAUAAGAGUGGUCAAACAACAAAUGCAAUUGAUCUUGCGACACCUCAACCUCGAUCACGAUGAGGUUCCUCCUGUACCUCCGACUAAUCCAAUAGGUGAUGGGCACAAUGAUGAGCGAUAUGAUGAUGAUGACAUUGCUGAUGGUGAUGAUGAUUUUCUCGGUCCUUAGUCCUUGCUAGUUAAAAUUUCCAUUUUUAAGCACUAAAUUUUGAGCAUUGUGUAUUUCAUCAUCAUAUCAUUAUGUAUUUAAGCACUAAAUUUUGAUGUUAUUAAGUGCUUCAUCAUUGUCAAAUAUAAAUUCUAGAAAUUAAUUUUGCUAUUAAUUA